AAUCGGACGAGGACCCGCGGUCCACGGGUAGCCCGAAACCCGUCUGUCUGGUAUUUUGGUAAAUUUGCAGCCACCUGAAAAGGCCGAAACUAGCCAAAGUUGUUUUCCUCACUCCGUACAAUCAAAAUUGAACAUUGUAUUUGAGUAUACAGCCGAUUUAAUCGAGCGGAGCAGGCAGGUGGAGAAAGAAAGAGAGAGAUGGCAUCUGGUUGGGGAAUCAAUGGCAACAAAGGCAGGUGCUACGAUUUCUGGGUCGACUUCAGCGAGUGUAUGUCCCGUUGCAGAGAGCCCAAGGACUGCGCUCUCCUCCGUGAAGAUUAUCUAGAGUGCCUCCACCAUUCCAAAGAGUUUCAACGAAGAAAUCGAAUUUACAAGGAGGAGCAACGUAAAUUAAGAGCUGCUGCACGUAAAGACAAGGAAGGCGAAGAUGGUAUACGCCAUCAUGCAUAGUGAUAAUUUAUGAUCCUUUAAAUUUCCAAGAAUAAUAAUACAUGGAGAUUGUUGUAUUUUUGUUCGGAUUGGAAUUCCAACUCUUUUCUAAAUGAUCUUGGUUUCCCUUUCCUUGGAUUGGAUAUUAUUGUUUUGAGCCUGUGCAAAGAGGCAAUGAUUAAUCUUUCAUCACACCUAGGUGUGGCAGCAACAUUCAUUUGAGAAUCUGUUGUGUCAACUCUCAUAAUAUUGCAGUUAUGGCUGAAAUUCUGAGAAUCAUAUAUAUAUAUAUACACA